AUGUUGCUUUGCAGGUACAGGGGCACAGUCUCUGCAGACCCCGAGGCCGGCACGACACCCACCCAGCACAACCAACAGAACGGUGCCCUGAAUGAUGAAGACUAUAUAGCCUUCGUGCCCUCUGAUGUGAACAGGACCUUGUCCACAAUCCCCUCCGUCACUGAAGAUUCCUGCAGCUCCUCAGACUUGAUGGGGCCAGUGGCUGGCCACAGCAUACAGCACAAGGCACCUGAGCUCAGGCUUGGGGUGCCCACCAGGAUGAUCAGAAAGAUCAACACCCUGAAGGAGGCCACAGCCCAGCUGAUGUCGCCAUUUGAGGUGGAGAGCAACGUGCCCCAGGACCUGUUCCCCAUCGUGGCGACACCCCCAGAUGUCAGGUGGGCGCCAGCGAUUCCGGACAUCGAAAACGUGAUCGCGAUGGAGGGAGGAUGGGCGGUGGCUGGGGAGCAUGGAUCUGUCCAGGAGGGGGUGUGGGUGGACGAGGAGGGGCGGGCACACAAGGUGGCAGUGAAGCGCAGGAGGGAGUGGUCGAACGAGGGUUGCUUGCAGGCUCUGAGGAGAGAGUUUCAGAUGAUUAGCAAGGUGCCCUAUCACCCGAAUGUCGCCUGGCUGGUGGGUGUGCACUUUGGGAAGGAGCCGUUUGUCGUGGAAGAGCUGAUGGCCAAGAACCUCCAGCAGGCAAGGCGAAAUUCGCCUUUUUAUUCUUUGUGCUUGCUUUGA